AUGCUCGUCCGUUUAAGCUUGUUGGAUGAUGGUAGCUUGUUAGCUGAGCUUCAAGUAAAGCCGAUGUGGGUCGAGCAGAUAAGGAGUAAGCAAUUAUUGGAUGAGAAUUUGAGUACCCGUUUUAAACAAGUGGAGAGUGGGGAGACAUCGGACUUUGGGAUAAAUAGUGAAGGAGGAUUGUGUUUCCAUAGGAGAAUAUAUAUACGAAAGGACGAUGAUCUAAGGCAGUCCAUUUUGCGGGAAGCACAUAGCGGUCUUUAUGCUAUGCAUCCUGGUGAAGGCGAAACAUCAUUGCCCUCAGGGUUGCUUCAACCAGUAAAGAUUCCACUCUGGAAGUGGGAAAGGAUAACUAUAGAUUUUGUUGGCGGGCUACCCUUGAUGCCUGCUAGGAAAGACUCGAUAUGGGUUAUAAUGGAUUGA